UUUCUUUUGUGAAUGUGAUUUCUUAAAAAAUGAAACAGUUAAAACUUACAGGUUUUCUUUUCUUUUUCUUUUUGACUGAAUCCUUAACCCUGCCCACAAAGCCUCAAGAUGUAGAUGAUGUCAGUAUCACCCAGAAAUUUAUAGAGGAUAAUAUUGGAUAUAUCACCAUCAUUGCAUUUGCUCAAUAUAUUCAGGAGGCAUCCUUUGAAGAAGUAGAAAUGUUGGUAAAAGCCAUGACAGAAUACAGAGAUAAAUGCUUGGCUGACAUGACACUCCCAGAGUGUUCAAAAUUAGCUAAUGAUGUUUUACUGGAAAAUAUAUGUACUAUGGAGGGACUGCCACAAAAGCAUAAUUUUUCACACUGCUGCCAUAAGGCUGACUUUGAAAGAAAACAUUGUUUCCUCCAUAAUAAGAAAGCUGAUGUAGGAUUUUUGCCUCCUCUCCCUACUCUGGAUCCUGAAGAGAAAUGCCAGACUUAUAAAAAUAACAGAGAAUCUUUUCUAAACAAUUAUAUCUACGAAGUUUCCAGAAGGAACCCCUUUGUUUUUGCCCCUACACUUCUUACUGCUGCUGCUCGUUUUGAGGAGAUGACUAAAACAUGCUGUGAAGAACAAGAAAAAGCUAACUGCUUUCGAACAAAGGCAGAAACUUUCAUACAAUAUUUAAAAGCAUUAUCUUCUUAUCAAAAAAAUGUCUGUGGGGCACUUAUGAAGUUUGGACCACAAAUCUUAAAAUCUAUAAACAUUGCUGUACUUAGUCAAAAAUUCCCCAAGAUUGAAUUUAAGGAACUUAUCUCCCUCCUAGAAGAUGUUUCUUCCAAAUAUGAUGGAUGCUGUGAAGGGGAUGUUGUGCAAUGCAUCCAUGGCAGGAGCAAGGUUAUGAGCCAUAUUUGUUCAAAGCAAGAUUCCAUCUCCAGCAAAAUCAAAGAGUGCUGUGAAAAGAAAAUACCAGAGCGCGGCGAGUGCAUAAUUUACUCAAAUAAAGAUGAUAGACCAAACAACUUACCCCUAAGAGAAGCAAAGUUUACUGAAAGCGAAAAUGUGUGUGAGGAACGAGAUGCUGACCAAGAGAACUUCAUGGCUGAGUUUCUUUAUCAAUACUCAAGGAGACAUCCAGAACUGUCCACACCAGAGUUGUUAAGAAUUGCUGGAGUGUAUGAGGAUCUCCUGAGAGAGUGCUGCAACACGGAAAACCCUCCAGACUGUUACAGACAUGCGGAAAACAAAUUCAAUGAGACAACUGAGAAAAGCCUCAAGAUAGUACAGCGAGAAUGUGAACAUUUUCAGAUCUCGGGGAAGGAUGACUUGAAAUACCACUACCUCAUCAAUCUCACAAAACUAGCCCCCCAGCUCUCCACUGAAGAACUGACCUUUCUUGGCAAGGAAAUGGUGACAGCUUUGACCACCUGCUGUACACUGAGUGAAGAGUUUGCCUGCGUUGAUAAUUUGGUGGACUUAGUUCUUGGAGAGUUAUGUGGAAUAAAUGAAAAUCGAAGUAUCAACCCUGCUGUGGACCACUGUUGUAAAACAAACUUUGCCUUCAGAAGGUCCUGCUUUGAGGGCUUGGAAGCCGAUAAGACGUAUGUGCCUCCACCUACCUCUCAAGGUUUAUUUACCUUUCACACAGACUUGUGUCAGGCUCAUAAUGAGGAGCUCCAGAGAAAGAAAGACAGGUUUCUUGUCAACUUAGUGAAACUGAAGCCUGAACUUACAAGGGUGGAGCUGCAGUCAUUGCUGAUGGAUUUCACAAAUGUGGUGAAGAAGUGCUGCCAGGCCCAGGGGCCUGAAGCCUGCUUCAAGGAAGAGGGUCCAAAAUUGUCAGCCAAAAGUCAGGUUGCUUGAAAAAUAUCAAGUAAAAUUCACCAAAGGUUUCAGAGAAAAGAGAGGAAGACCAACAUACCUGCUUCCUAUCUGUCCUGUGGUGAAUGUCGUUUUCUGAGAACACAGUAAAAAGAUUCUUCUGUAAUCAUUAUCUGAGAUCAUGUUAUUGCGGCAAGCAAUAAACAACAACAUUAUAAA